GGACCGGUACACAGAUACGAUUUAUUCAGAGUGAGAGAUCGUUGUAACUUUUUUUGCACACUUAGUGUGGCUACUUUCCCGGCACUGCGUCACUCGUGGGUUGAGUGUCCUGCAACAGAACGUCGAAUUGUAGGUGGUGGAUACUGAUACGCGCGUGCAUGUGUUUUUGUACGGGAAAGAGAGUGAGGAGUGGAGAGAAAGAGGGAGGUAACGUUAGGUGUGUGCCACCUGACUGCCUGCAGAUGCCUUUGCAGCAGCAGGGAAUGGACCUUCCAAAGGAUGUAGGUGACAGAAUACAUUUGCGGGGGAAAUGCCAAUGGAAUCUUUUUUGAACAAUGCGUGUCCACGGCUACAUAUCGACAUAUUUUCAAAACAAAUGAUGUAGCAUGUUAGUUUGUGUACUAGCGACACAAGUGCGUACGGGGCUAUUAUGCAGUCUCACUGCGGCUGCAGCAGGGAGCUACUUGAAUUCUCAAAUAGUUUUACUAAAGCGACGGGAUCUUUGCCGACCACAAGAAAUGCUGCAGGCUUUCGCACAAUGACAGUGGCUGUGUCCUGCGUUUCAUUCACCUCUAGGGAUAGGACGAAUGUUUGAAUAAAGAGUGUUCUCUGUUUAUCAAGCAAACGAUUUAUCUUUUGACGCCUACAUAAGUCAUCAUCAAAUCCAAUAUGUUUUGCUGAUAAAGGAUCGAUCAAUCAUCAAGGACAUCGAUCAAGAUGGAAAGCGAGGUUUUUCUUCCCCAUCUGGAGCAAUUUAUGCUCAGCCCGCUUGUCAUUUGGGUGAAGACAUUUGGGCAAAACGAUGGGAACAUGACAUUGGAUUAUCCCGAGUUACUGGAUGGGGUCUUUUUGAACAAAAUCAUGAUUCAAAUAAAUCCCAAAGCGACUCUUCCGAGCGUCAACAAAGUGAACGACGACCCCAGUCAGAGGAUUCUGAACCUGACCGUUCUCAUCCGUCAAAUCAAAACCUAUUACCUAGAGACUCUGAGGCAGCUGAUCAUGAUGCCCUUACCCAGCGUGUUGCUGCUUGGCAGGACUCCUCACUGUGAGCAAAGUUUGGAGGAAAUGAAGAAAUUACUUCUUCUCUUAUUGGGAUGUGCUGUCCAGUGUGAGAAGAAAGAGGAGUACGUUGAACGCAUCCAGACUCUCGACUUUGACACGAAAGCAGCAAUAGCUGCUCAUAUCCAAGAGGUUACCCACAGUCAGGACAGUGUACUGGACCUCCAUUGGCUGGAGGCCAGCGAGCUCUGUGCUGAGGACCUGGAGACCCUGUUCAGGCGCCUGGUGGACCAGAGAGACACACAGCUGGAGACUAUUUUAGAGCUAAUGCAGGAGAGAGAGUCCACCCCGUCACCUUCUCCGCCCAGCGCCCAGUCCCCCAGUGACUGUCCCAGCAUGCAACAGCAGGCGGCCUCCCACCAGCACCUGUCUGUGGAGCUGGCCGACUCCAAGGCCAAGGUCAGACGGCUGCGCCAGGAGCUAGAGGAGAAGAGUGAGCAGGUACUGGACUGUAGACAGGAGCUGGAGAACAUGGAGGCUGAGUUCAAGAGGAUUCAACAGGAGAACUCUGUGUUGCUAGCGGAGGCCCGGUCAGCCCGUACGUACCGUGACGAGCUGGAUGCCCUGAGAGAGAGGGCCAUCAGGGCUGACAAGCUGGAGAGCGAGGUGGGACGAUACCGCGAGAAGCUGCACAACAUGGAGUUCUACAAGGCCAAAGUGGAGGAGCUGAAGGAGGAUAACUCUGUGUUGCUAGAGACCAAGGCUGUACUGCAGCAGCAGCUGGAGGGGUGGAGGGCCCGCUCUGAUAAACUACACCAGCUAGAGAAACACAGUCUGCUGCUCAACGCCAGGGUCCACGUCAUGGAACAGGAGAAGGAGGUGGACAGGAGGCGCAUGGAGGAGCUGCAGGAGGAGAACCUGGCCCUGGAGCUGGCCCAGAGGAGGAGCAUGGAGGAGUCACAGCACUUGGGAUGGGAGCUGGAGCAGCUGUCCAGGAGCCCCGACAACUCACAGGGUCAGAAGUCUCUGGGUGAGGAGGUGGUUGAGGGGACCAGGAGUCGUCUGCUGAGGCUGGAGAGAGAGAACCAAAGCCUGCUCAGGACCAUAGAGGAACUGAAAGCUGCUGACCUCAGCCUGGGACCGCAGCACAACCAUAACCAUGAGCACAUGUGGAGGGACGGCCAGCGACCCACAAACACGGCUGAGGUGGUUAGAGAGUACCUUGGCAGUUUAAACAACGCCUCCUGGGAGCAGUCUCAAUUGGUCAUCAAAGAGGAUUGUGACAUUGACAUAGACACAUCACAUCACAGGGACCCAAAGUGCAACGGAGUGUCGGUUGACCUAGAGGGAGAGAUUGACCGACUGGAGAAAGAGAGCGAGACCCUCAAGGAGAAGAUGGACCUUCAGAAGCAAGAGAAAGGCCAACUCGAAGACGGAGAGUCUUGCGAUCUGAGUGACCCCAUGGCUGACCUGGAAGCAGAAGCUAAAGACAACACCCGCAAUCUCCUUCAACCAGGCGCUUCAGUGUCUCUGACGCGUGAUACCUCACCCUGCUCUAAGAACAAGAGUCCACGUCGGGAGAACAGUAGCACGGGGCUGCAGGCGAGGGCUUCCUCUUCAUCCACGAAGCACACAGAGCGUCUGGAAGCGAAGUGUAGAGCCCUGGACACAGAGAACCAGCGGCUUCAGGCUGCCCUGGACAACACAGGCCGGAAGCUCCAUCGGCUGGAGGCCGAAGUCCACGAGCUGGAGGCUGAGAACCAGAUCCUGCAGGCUGGGCUGGAGGAGCUGAGGAUCUCCUCGCGGCGCAUGGAGCAGCUAGGUCAGGAGAAGCAGACCCUGGAGCAGGAGGCUUCUUGCCUGGAGAGAGACAAGAGGAGGCUGGAGAAGGAGAACCGCAGGCUGAGGCAACAGGCAGAGAUCCAGGACUCUACCCUGGACGGGAGCAACCUGAGGGUGGCUAGUCUGGAGAGAGAGAACAGGGGGAUGGGGAAGGAGGUGGAGAGGCUGAAGGAGGUGGAGGAGAGGGUCAAGGGGCUGGAGAGGGAUAACAGAGAGCUGGCCAAGCAGGGAGCGAUCAACCAGAGGGCCCUGGUCACCCUGAGAGAGGAGUUGGUGAGUGACAAGCUGAAGACCCAGCAGAGGGAGAAUGAGCUGGAGAGGCUGGCCCACGAGCUGGAGAUGAGAGUCCUCAACCAGGACACAUCAACACAGAGUGAUGAGGAAACUCCAGACAACAGUAGGUUCAAGAUGUUGGAGUCUGAGCUGGAGUCGUCUCUGAAGAGGUCCCUGCAGAUCAAAGAAGACAAGAUGGCUGCCGUUGAGGCUCGUCUGCAGGAGUCCUCCACCCUCAACCAGCAGCUACGUCAAGAGCUCAAGACUGUACGUCUGAACUACGAAGCCCUGCUGCAGAGGGAGGAGGAGGAGAAUGCGGCCCGUAGCCCCACCCCUCAGAGGGAGAGUGACAGGGCGGUAAGCGAAUGGCAGUGGGAGAGCCAGGAGGCCACCAGGGAGCUGCUGAGGGUCAAGGACCGCCUCAUCGAGGUGGAGAGGAACAAUGCCACACUGCAGGCAGAGCGUCAGGCACUGCAGGUCCAGCUCAGACAGCUGGAGACCCAGUCAGAUGGCCUGCAGGCUCAGAUCCUGGCCCUGCAGAGACAGACAGCCUCCCUGCAGGAGAACAACACGGCUCUCCAGACACACAACGCUAACCUGCAGGUGGAGAAGUCCACUCUGAACUCCCAGAGUGCAUCACUCCUGGCCCAGAACGCUCAGCUCCAAUGCCAACAAUCCAGCACCGAGGGGGAUAAGGAGGUGGCCAUGCGUGAGCGCGAGGAGCUGCGCGGCGUGCACGACCAGCUCCUGAGGGACCACGAGAGGCUGGCGGCGCUGCACGAGAGACAAGCCAUGGACUACGAGGCCCUGAUGGGGAAACACGGCUGUCUGAAGAACGUCCACCGCACUCUGGAGCUGGAGCAUAGAACGCUGGAGGACAGGUACAAAUCCCUGCUGCAGCAGAAGGCCAAACUAGAGGGUCUGGAGAAGGCUCUGAGAGAGGAGCAGGACAAGAUGUCUGUGGAGAAGGAGCAGCACAGGACCACCGCCUCAGAGUGUCGACAGCUCCGGGAUGAGAAGGACUGGCUGAACCAGACGUACCGUCAGCUGUUGAAGGAUCAGGAGGAGCUCCAGGCGGACCAUAAGAACAUGAAGACCCUGCUGAACAGCACCAAGCUGGAGCAGACCAAGCUCGAGUCCGACUUCAACAAGCUCAGAGAGCAGUACCAACAGCUAGACAUCACCAACACCAAGCUCACCAACCAGUGUGAGCUGCUGAGUCAGUUGAAGGGGAACCUGGAGGAGGAGAACCGGCACCUGCUGGACCAGAUCCAGACCCUGAUGCUGCAGAACCGCACCCUGCUAGAACAGACCAUGGAGAGCAAGGACCUGUUCCACGUAGAACAGAGACAGCACAUAGACAAGCUGAAUGAGCUGAGGAGACAGAAGGAGAAGUUGGAGGAGAAGAUCAUGGACCAGUACAAGUUCUAUGACCCCUCACCCCCACGGAGGCGUGGGAACUGGAUCGCCCUGAAGAUGAGGAAGCUGAUGAAGCCGAGGAGCAGGGAGCGUUGUGGCCCCGCCUCCUCUUCUGACCACCAUCGCUCUCUCACCCCCACACGCUCCUGCUCCUUCGAGGCCCUCCCGCCCACCUCCCCCUCUGCUUCCUGUUGCCAGGACAACGGCUCCUUCGUGGGUUCGGACGGCUCGGGUGGGUCCACCACUUCCCCCAGGAGGAGCAGCAACAAGGAUUGUAAUGACAGUGCUGUGGCGGCUGACUUUGACGACGGGGACGAACUACAAAACCGCGGUCUGAAUGGUGUGCCGAGCCGUGCCCAGAGCCAGAGCAGUGGAGAGUUCAGCCUCAGCCUAGACAACGAACCCUGGUCCAACGGCAGUAGCCCGGUCCAGCCGCCUCCAUCAUCCCGCCGCUCCUCUUCCUCCUGCCUUCCGCCUAGCGAUACCUCCACCCCCCGACACACACGGCAGAACCCCUCGCCGACCACACACACACAGCAGCGAUCCACUUCCUUAACACACACCAGCAGCAACAAACACAGAGAGAGGGUAGGAGUAAAGAACUCCUCACCUAUUGCCAUAGCAAACACCCAGGGUUCAGUUCCCUGUAGGGGGAGGGAGGUGGGUAGCACCCAGGACCCCUGGCCCAGAAAGAGUCUCCUCAGGAGGUGCGCCAGCGGCAGCAGAGCCCCCCAGCGCCCUUCCGAUGGGAAUGUCCCCAAAACAGCCGUACUACGUCGAUCUGGAUUAGGUCUGAACAAAGCUCCGGAGACCACCACCACCCGAGCCUCAGCCAUGUCCCCGACCACGGUGCUCUACGUCCAGGUUGAAUCUUCCUCUGUGUCUGGGUGUCUCAACUGUUUCUCCACCCCGUUGGGGAAGGAGGCGCGUCUGAGAGAACCAUGGUCUCCUGCCUCUCUACCCCGGGCCAGUAGCGUCAUCUCAACAGCCGAGGGUUCCUCGCGACGAUCCAGUGUCAACAGUGACUCUAGGGUGAUGGCGAAGGUAGAUCCCUUACCUAUCAUGGAAUCUGAUGGGAGCCCGAAUCAGGAGACAGACACGGUUAAUCAGAAUCAGAACAAGCAGAACAAUCCAGAAGAACCAGACACUGAUAAUCAACCACCACCACCGAGCAAACCCCCCAGAUACCCAGCGGUAGCCACCGAUCGACCCAAAUCCACCUGCCAGGAAUCCCUCUUCGGUGGCACCCCGUUCAAUCUAGACUCUGUCUUCUCAGACACUAUCUUUAGCGAGUCGGUAGUCACCACCACUACUAGUAACAGCAGCAAUAAUAACGAUAAGAACCAGACUUUCCUCUGUCUGAACCCAGAACUGGAGCGUAACGUCAGUUUCCCGCCCCUGAGGCAGGGGUCCACUAACGGCACGGCACUGGGACACAUGGACAAUGUACAGAGCCAAAAUGGAGGACAUGAAGACUGUGAGAGUAAUACUGUGGAAAUCACUCAGUGCUGAUUGCUGAUGACAAGCAGUUUGUAGUUGCAUGUAUACGGUCCUGUAUUGAGUUCUGCAAUAGAAACAGGGAGUUGUGGAUGUCAGUACCAACAUAGUACCAACCAUUACCAACGUGAAACUAAUCAUUACCAAUGUAGUACCAACAUUGUUUAAAAGAGAUGCAAACAUAAUUAUUUCCUAUUGUGUUGAUGCAAUAACUGUUCUUCUCCUUAUAGGUGUUUUUGAAGUAGUGAUGUUUUGGUUUUAGGCACUUUUCACAAGUCAUUAUAACUCUGUGUUAUACAGUAUUAUAAGAUCUCUGUUUUUGGGCUGAGAUUAUAGACUGUAUAUAAUGAUAAGAUGAACUGAAAACAUACAAAGACACAUUCACAUACUAUACUUGUUUCUCUAAUGUACAGAUUUUUUAUAUUUAGUCCAAAUGAAGAUGUAAAUAGAAUGUACUUUUAGGGAAUAAGUUGUUGUUUUCAAAAAAGCACAUUGACAAUCUUCCUUUGUUGUUUGACAAAAGUUUUCAGUAUUAUGUUUUUAUUAGUAUUUAUAAGCCUGUGUUGAUAUUUGUGUUUUCAUUUGUGUUAAUAGGCCGUGUCAAUCUACAAAUGCUUAAACUCCCUAUUCAUAUGUACUUUUUGUUGUCCCAUACAGUAGAUCUAGUUAUACACAUAAAUCCUUCAACCGAAAACCCAUAGCUCUCUGUCCAGAGUGUUGAUAUCACAUACAGACUAGUAGACAGCAUGUACAUUACAUUACCUUGUUAGUUCAGAAUGUUGGACAUUACAGUGAACAAACACAAUCAGUAAUCACCUGAUUAGGAAAAACGCACCAAUAUGGUUCUUCGGUCGUGUGUCAUGUCACAUAUCAUAUCACGUGUCAUCAGUGUCAUGUGUCAUCAGUGUCAUGUGUCAUCAGUGUCAUGUGGAGACUUGAGUUUUUGUUUGGUUUGUUCAGUUUGUUUAUUUGUGUGCUUUUCAUUGUCUCUGCUUCAUUGUCUCUGCUUCAUUGUCUCUGCUUCAUUGUCUCUGCUUCAUUGUCUCUGCUUCAUUGUCUCUGCUAAAAUCAGAUACUGAGAUUGUCCUCAGUGAAGAUGGAACCUUGUAAAUGUGUGCAGGGACUUCAGGAGCCACCGUUGAAUAAAGCCCUUUUCAUUCCUUUAAUAUA